AUCCAUAAAGGAUAAAUAGUCAACCUUGAAUUUCAUAUAUUUAGACUAUGUUCUCUUCAUUUUAGAUUUUGGAUAUUUUGGUCUAAGUCGAGGCUCUUCCAAACUUGGUCAUUAACGGUGAAUAUGGGGAAGGGGAAAAUGUAAAAACACUUACAAAGACGCCACCUUAUUCUUCGGACUUGGAGUUCAAACGAAAGGCCAAGGUAUUAAAGUCAAGCUUAGUAACGACUUUGACUUAAUGGAUUUAGCUAACACAUUACAUACUAAUUAUUAUACUAACCUAAUUUUUCUUUUUGUAAACAAAGUUUCACCAGACGCACGCUUUAUAUCAUACCAGUCGAUUGAAAUGAAUAUUGUGUCUUGUGGCAUGUAGGAACGGAAACAUAUGAUGUAAAUAGUUAUCUCAUUUUCAGAUACCAAUUACUGUCAUAACCUUAGGUUCUCUCUUGUAGAUUUGAAUUCAUGAUACAAAUGAAUGGUUUCAUCUGGUUCUCAUCGGUGGCUAAGCUCAAGCCAAAAACAAGGUUUUAGGUGUCGGUCGCUGUCCUAGUUGGAGAUACUUUUGACUCGGCAUUUUCUUCUUAAAAGAAAGCUUGUUUUUAAAAAAAAAUGAGAUAUUAGUGUAACGACCAUGCAAUGCAACUAGUGGUUGUCGGCACUUUACUAUGUGGAGCCAGAAUUUCAAAGCAGCAAUAAGUAAAGUGGUCCUUAAUUAGUUGAGUAUAUGCUAAUUGAUUCCCUAUUUUUCUACGUGAAUGAUAUAUAUGAGAAAAACGAAAGCGAAAUAAUCUUACGGAAAAAAAAAAUCAUACGUACUACUACUAUAUUGUUGACUUGUUGUCUUUUUUGUAACUGCUAUAUUGUUCUCGUUCUUUUUGCUAAACUGUAAACAUCAAUACAUGAAAGGAUCUUACAACCGAUUCUUUUUUUUUUUUUUUGCUGUUUCUUUCAUUUGUAAAUUCAACAUAGAGAGACUUAAAAAACGAAAUAAAGCAAAAGAAGAGAAUAACCAGUCACUUUCACACGCAAGUUGGCCUCCUUUAUAAGAAAUUAAAUUGUUAUUUGUCAGGGACGAAUCAGAAUGCAAAUUUAUAGGACAUGCAAAUUCGAAGGUUAAUUAAUAAUAUAGAGAUAGCAUAUAUAGAUUUGGUUGAUUGAUAAGUGCUACACUGAUAGAUGCGCACUUAUAUAUUUUUCUUUUCAAAUGUCAUCUCAACUUAUUCGAUAUUAGCGAUGAUACUGAAUUAGGGGAAACUGCAUCCUAGCUAGCCAUGCAAACUUCCGCAGGAGUGACAAAGGCUAUUUACUUCUUUUUAACCUUUAGUUUUUAAAUCAUGCAUGCGCGUUGGACACAUUUGUAUUAAUAUGACUAUAAAUUAUUAGAGGCUGUACCUGUAUCUCAAUCAUUAGACCAUUAAACGUUCUGUGACAAAAAAAAAAGACCAUUAAACGAUUUUUAUUUAUUUUGCAAAGAGCUUUUACUUUUUAAUUAAGUGUUCUCAUAAAAUGUCUUAAAGCAACAACACACCUUAUGUAUUUAAUUGACUUUCGACAGAUUAGACGCUAUCUUAUCACACUAACUACCUAACAAAUGUUUAUAUAGUCCCUAAUGCCAAAAUACAUACUGCAGCUUCCGAAUAAUUUUUUUUUGUGAAAGAGGUUCCGAAGAAUUCAAAGAUACGCCUUGAACGAUACUUAUUACAAGCCCAAACCAAGCUCAUUUACAUUUUUGUUUCCACAGUCGCAAGUGUAUAUUGUGUUGUUAUAUAGAAAACUGGUUGAUAUAUAUAUACUCGCUUUCAGUUACAACACGAAACCAAAAUUGAAAACUCAAAGCCAAUAGAUUUUUCUCCUUAACUUAAGAGCCGAGCUAUGGAGAAGUGUACCAAAAACAAAUCUUCACAUAGUCAGCUCUACGGUCCUCUGCAAGAGUGUGGACUCGCCAGUUCUUCAUGUUGUUACGUUAUCGUUGCGCUUCCAUCACACUACGCCGUCUCAAGCAUUGACGGUUUUUCACAGAGUCAGCCAGCCCUAUGGUGCCCCCAUCCCUAUCCUUGUCGCAAAAACUAUUGUGCAAGAGUGUGGACACGCCAGAUUUACUCGUUUCUAUGUCACCGUUGCGUCUCCAUCACAUUAUGCCGUCUCAAGCAUCGACGGUUUUUCACAGAGUCAUCUCUACGACUUUCCCAAGCUGUUAUCUUCUACGGAGUUUCCCGGAACUCUUGCUUUCAAAACCCAUUAGUUGGGCUAUUCAACGUCGAUUUCGACUUAUGUGCGUUUCUUCGAACGCGAGCUUUAGGACUACAAGUGAAGUGUCUCUAUGGGUCUCUUCUCUCUUUAGCCACAUCUAUUUUUCGACAUGUUUUAGUCUAUCAGUUUAUCGUCGAGAAUCUCUCCAGUUGUAACCGACUUAGCCCAUUGGGUCUUUAAUUUUAAUAUAAGUAUUUGGUUUUCAAAAAAAAAAAGUAUAUAUAUAUUUAUGUCUCCAUCUUUAAAAAUCUUAGGUUUAAUAGUACGUCCACAUAUUAUAGCUCCCAUACGUGUAGUACGUAACGGUCUGUUUUUGGUAAUUUGCCACAUUGAGAAUACAACAGACCUCUCGGCCCAUUAGUAAAAAGAGGCGAGACUAGUCCGUUAUUCUUCACAUAAACUCAGAGCCAAUCGACUGUCUACCUCUAUGUUUCUAUAUUGCUUCUGAUUUGAGUCAACCAAUUUGUAGAAGCCCAGCUAUGGGGAGGAACGAGAAAAUUGGUGAGCAUAUAAAUAAAGUUUUAGGAGCAGUGGGUAAGUACUGAAGACGAUGGUGGUGAUGAAGCUUGGAGGUUUUUGUUAUAAGGAAGACUGAUCAAGCCUUUAGUUUCAGUUUUCUUGAAAACGGUAGCCAGCGUCUUGAUCGAAAAAAGUUUUCUAGGGAAUCAAGGAGAUCAAUAUUACACUUUGAUCAUAGAAAAAGUGAAUAAUCAUGUACAUAUAGAGGAUUUGUCUUUGAAUCUAAUCACAAAGAAACCUUCUAGUACUUAAAUUAAUCUUCAUAGUACUGGAUAAAGGGUCAAUCAAUGUUCGGUAGAUGCUAUUGAUAAUGGUGACAUGCAAGUAUGGAAAAAGGUAGUUAAAGGGACAUUAACCGAAUCAAAAUUAGGCGUUGACCUUACCGAGAGAUAACUGUGUGCUGUUUAGGUCUCAGAAAAGCGAACUUCGUGUCGGUUAAGUUACAAUCUUACAACAGCUGCAAGUAAUGUGUAGUAAACCCAACAAAGUAAUAAUGGAAUGUUGUGUCAGAAGUACCCUACUUGUUGCACAUAUACUACAAGAGUAUGGGUCAUGACGCUGGACCCAUGAAAUUUAGCCACAUUAGUGUGGAUCAACCCGAACUCGACACGUUGAGCCAAGGACGAAACAUUGAAUGUUGAAAAGUGGAGAACAAACGGUUACUAGACCUAACACAAAUGUACUGUGAGUCUGUGACAUCAUCACACCAAAUUCGAAAAUGAUUCGAGGAACGAUUGAAAUCAAUGUUUUCUAAGAAUUCCAAAAUAAAUGAAAAAUCAUUCCUCUAUUUUGAUGAUUAGAAUUAAAGAGUCGUAAUUGGUUUGUCACAUUUGUUUAUGCUUCCUUCCAAGAGUGUUAAUGUUGUUUGCUAAAUAAUGUAAUUUUAUCAACUUAGCUUAUUUUUUUUGGAACACAACUAGAAUAUUAACUUAUCUUUUAAAACUAUAAAAGCAACCACUCUUCAAACCAUAAAAAGAAAAGGCAGAAAGCUUGUUGCUUGAAUGUAACUGGAUGGAUAUAUGGUUGAGAGGAAACUGAAUCUCGUGUAUGGAGGAGGAAGCAUUGGUCUCAUGGGUCUGGUCUCACAAGCUGUUCAUGAAGCUGGAGGACAUGUACUAGGGAUCAUACCAAGAACUCUUAUGGACAAAGAGAUCACCGGAGAAACAUUUGGUGAGGUAAGAGCUGUGGCUGAUAUGCAUCAACGGAAAGCCGAAAUGGCAAGCCACUCCGAUUGUUUCAUUGCACUACCAGGUGGGUAUGGAACAUUGGAGGAGUUAUUGGAAGUAAUAACAUGGGCACAACUUGGAAUCCACGACAAGCCUGUGGGUUUGUUAAAUGUAGAUGGUUAUUACAAUUACCUCCUCACUUUCAUUGAUAAAGCCGUUGAUGAUGGCUUUAUCAAGCCAUCUCAGCGUCACAUCUUUGUCUCUGCUCCUAAUGCCAAAGAGCUUGUCCAAAAACUUGAGGCAUAUGAGCAUGUGAUUGAUGGAGUCAUAGCAAAAUCAAAGUGGGAGGUUGAGAAGAAAGUGCAACAUCCACAACAACAAGUUGUGUUCUGUCCUAACACAAGCAUUCCUACUGAGAUUGCUCUUUAGACUUCUAGAGUGUCUUUAUGUAUCCCUAUUAUGUUUAUCAUCCAAAAAUGCUCAAUACCUGAAUAUAUAGUCUCUUUACUCUUGUUCAUAUCUUCAAGUGAAUGUUUUUGGUUGUAUUAUUUUCUACUGUUUCUUCACUUUUAUCAUAAUAAUACAUUUUCAGAAUAAUUCAUAUA